AUGACUGUGCGUGUGUUACCUCAUUUGAGUGACAUCCUCGUCACCUCCGAAGCUCCAAACUGUAAAUACAACUUCAGGUAUUCCUCAGUAUUUCAUCCAUGUCGUGUGAUCUGCUUCAUUCUCCAUUCUGAUACCAUCAAACGUCUUUGCUUCCCCUCCCCACUUGCUGCGAGCUGUGGAGGGGGUCAUUCAAUCUCAUUUGAUUCCACCUGGAGCCAUUGUGACCUACUGACCACCAACACCAUGAUGCAUCUUCAUCUGUGGACACUGUCCCUUCUCCUUACAACAGGUCUUCAUCUCUCAUCAUCUUACUCAGUCUGCACAGGUUGUGGGAAGCCGAUGACAUCAGAUCGCAUUGUGGGUGGACAGGAUGCCUUCUAUGGGGAAUGGCCCUGGCAGAUCAGCCUGAGGAAGAAUGGCUACCAUAUCUGCGGGGGGGUCAUGAUUGACUCCCAGUGGGUGCUGACCGCUGCACACUGCUUUGUACGGCCCUACUCUCCAGCUGAUUACAUGGUGAACCUUGGAGCUUACCAGCUGUCAAUACCCAGUGGGGUCAUGUCUCAAGUCAGUGCAAUUAACAUCCACCCCAUCUACCAGCGGGACGGUUCCAGCGGAGACAUCGCCCUUAUCAAACUGCGGAACUCUAUACAGUACACGGACUACAUCAUGCCAAUCUGUAUCCCUGCCGAGAAUGUCCAGUUCCCCAGCGGCAUUAACUGCUACGUCACUGGCUGGGGCUCCAUGAACCAAGGAGUGAGCCUGCCGUCUCCACAAACCCUUCAGAAGGUCCAACUUCCGAUUAUAGAACAAAAGGAAUGUGAUGCCAUGUACCACAUCAAUAACCCAACGCUGAGCCCCAACAAAACCAUCAUCCAAUGGGACAUGAUCUGUGCAGGAUUCGAGAAGGGACAGAAGGAUGCAUGUCAGGGUGACUCGGGUGGUCCUCUUGCUUGCAAAUGGGAUGGCUCAUGGCUCCUAGCCGGCAUCGUCAGCUGGGGAUUUGGCUGUGCCCUCGCCAACCGCCCAGGUGUCUAUACCAGAGUGACGUCGUACUCCAGCUGGAUCCAACAAUAUGUCCCCAAUUUCCAGGUGACUCCGGCUGUGAUCACUCCUUUGGACCCGACCAACGGCUCCAUCUGCCCAUCGUCAUGUCUCACCCUCCUCCUCUUCCUCUACACUCUACUCUUACACCGGCUGAUGUAG